GGGAAUAAGCACAGAAGGAUCCCUUUGUAACCUCAUCUGCACAGCUUUUUACUUCGGGUUAAACAGCUGUUGUUACAGCGGGGAUUAAGGAGGUUUUUGACUGCAGUUCUGUAAAUGCAUAGCUUGAAUACUUUUUCAUGGAACUUAAAUGACAGGAAAUCCUUAUUUGGACAUUUCAGCACUGGACAGCUCUCUGCGUGUGCGGGCGUUUGGCAUGGGGCAGGGCUGGUUUGCCACAGCUAGAGGUUGUCAGGAGCUGAGCGUGUGGAGGACACUCCACAACCUCUCUCCCACCGAUGCAACUAACACGGAACUGCAGGAGAUGAGCAUCCCGCAGUUCCUCUUGGAGGGGUCCAUUGUGGUUUCGGCAGUUGUUACGCUCUUGACGAACUUUUCAGUGCUGCUAUGUUUCACCCAGAGCGCAGAGUUACGAUCCCAUGUUCCGGGGAUCUUCAUCCUGAAUCUCUCCAUCUCCAAUAUUAUCCUCGCUCUCAUCAACAUGCCUGUCACUUUUCUGGGGGUGGCCAGCAGCGCAAAGCCCCUCAGGGACCAACUGUGUCGCGCUGUCAGUUUUACCGAGACUUUCACCACCUGCAACGCCAUGCUGAGCAUGGCCGCUCUCAGCGUGGACAGGUGGGUGGCGGUGGUGUUUCCUCUCAGAUAUUCCAGUAAGAUGCGCUACAGGGACGCCUUUGUGAUCGUGGCCUACUCCUGGCUCCACUCCCUCGCUUUCUCCCUGACCCAGCUGAUGAUGCGCUGGGGGGCGUACAGCCACACGUACGCGUCAUGCACUUUGCACCUGGAUGUGGAGGAGGCGUCGCAGCGGAGUGCCUAUGCCACCUUCACGGCGCUGUUCUACUGCAGCAGCUUCGCGCUCUGCCUCUUCGUCCUCUGCUUUGCCUACCUGAAAGUUCUGAGAGUGGCCAGGUCGCACUGCAAGAGGAUAGAUGUCAUCACAGUGCAGACUCUGCUUCUGCUGGUGGAUAUUCACCCCAGUGUAAAGGAGAGGUGUCUGGCUCAACAAAGGAAGAGAAGGCAGCGAGCCGCUAAGAAGAUCUGCAUCUUCAUCGGUUCCUUCAUCAUCUGCUUUUCACCAUAUGUCAUAACGAGGCUUGUAGAAUUGUUGCCCUCAGUGGACAUCCCCCAACAUUGGGGCAUUGCUACCAAAUGCUUAGUCUACGCCAAGGCAUCCAGCGACCCAUUCGUUUACUGUCUUCUACGACAUCAGUACAGGAAGGUCCUGGUUAGCAUCAUCCGACGCAUUGUGAGAAAGGACCAGUUCUUCCUGUCCGCCCACAGCACUAGCAGCAUGUGGGACACUACAGAUGAAAACUUUCCUGACAGGAUAACCUGAACCUGAGGUUUGAGUCUGUAAAUGAGACGAUUCUUCUGCCUCUUGUCCAGGAAGGGCAGAGGUUAUUGUUUGGAUUGGGGCCAGAAGAUGGAAAGAGUUCAAGGCCUAGCUCAGGGAGGUCACUUGAACAUGGAGCUGGACAGGAAGGCGGUAAUCACCUCUGGACUCUAUUGCAUUCUAUCUGCAUUUGGUGCUAAAGUAGUAUGGCACAUAAAAAUUAAAAUAUCACAUUAAUCUC